GAUCACCCCAGUUCAAUUACAACAUAUUCUCACAACGAUUCCUGAUACAAGAGAUUAAAGUACAGGAACAAAAUUUAAAAUGUCAGAUUACGACGACGAUGUCGAAAUGGGCUCCACGGCGCAAAGCAGCGCAAUGAAAUUUAGCUCCGAUAAUACUACCAGCAAGGGAAAGAAGAUUGUUGCAGAUUUACCUAUUGGGGCAGAGGAUAACCUACCAUGGGUCGAAAAAUAUCGGCCCAACUCGCUGGACGAGGUUCAGGGACAUCAGGAUAUAUUAGCCACGAUCAAUAGAUUUAUCGACUCACAUCGACUACCCCAUCUUCUUCUCUAUGGACCCCCCGGCACAGGAAAAACAACCACAAUCCUAGCCCUCGCACGACGAAUCUACGGCAUCAAAAACAUGCGCCAAAUGGUUCUAGAACUGAACGCAUCCGACGACAGAGGUAUCGACGUUGUCCGAGAACAAAUCAAGACCUUUGCAAGCACGAAACAAAUCUUCUCUGUAGCUGCGCCUGCCGCAAAGGAGAAUUCUUUGGGAGCGUUCAAAUUGAUCAUCCUUGACGAGGCCGAUGCGAUGACGGCUACUGCACAGAUGGCCCUUCGACGAAUUAUGGAGAAAUACACUGCCAACACUCGGUUUUGUAUCAUUGCAAAUUACACACAUAAGCUCUCGCCAGCAUUAUUAUCCAGAUGUACAAGGUUUCGCUUCAGUCCAUUGAAAGAAGCAGAUAUUCGGUCUUUAGUGGACAAAGUCAUCGAGGCUGAGAAUGUGCGAAUACAGCCCGAGGCAACAGAAAGCCUCGUCAGACUGAGCAAAGGCGAUAUGCGACGAGCAUUGAACGUGCUCCAGGCUUGUCAUGCGAGCAGCAUCCCACUCCCAAUGCGUAACGCACCCAAGGACCAACCAUCCCCCGAACAUGAGCUCAUCACCGACGCAACCAUCUACAACUGUAUUGCUGCCCCUCAUCCAUCCGACAUCCGCGAAAUCAUGACCACCCUCCUGUCCACAAGCGACGUCAUAUCCUGCCUCAACACAAUCAACACACUCAAAACGAGCAAAGGUCUCGCGCUAGCGGAUAUUCUCAGCGCAUUAGGCGAGCAAUUACAGACGUUAGAAGUACCCGCUCAGACUCGUAUCAGCUGGUUAGAAGGUUUGGCAGAGGUUGAAUGGCGGCUAUCCGGUGGAGGAAGCGAAAUGGUACAGACAGGUGGUCUUGUGGGAGUUAUUAGGAAUGGAUGUGAGUUGAUGGGUGAUAAGGAUGUAGCAAUGGAACUGUGAUGGAUUUUAUAGAACAGAGUUCAUGGUAUUUUCCU